GCGCAGCGAGCUCAGUUACCUCUCCUCCUCUCUCGCGCGCGCUUGCCCCGCCAUAUAUACCGGCGAGCUCGCGCCGUGUCCUCCUGUCUGUCUGUACCCCCGCCGCGGCUCACCUGGAAACUGGGCAGAUUGGACAAUCGCUCGAGCGAGCUAGCGAGAGAGAGCGCGAGAGAGCGAGGCGGCGCGCGCGGUGGUUGCGGAUUUGUAGCUUAGAGCGCGGGGCCAUGGGGAGGUCGCCGUGCUGCGAGAAGGCGCACACGAACAAGGGGGCGUGGACGAAGGAGGAGGACCAGCGGCUCAUCGCGUACAUCAGGGCGCAUGGCGAAGGCUGCUGGCGCUCGCUGCCCAAGGCGGCGGGCCUCCUUCGCUGCGGCAAGAGCUGCCGCCUCCGGUGGAUGAACUACCUCCGCCCCGACCUCAAGCGCGGCAACUUCACCGACGACGAGGACGAGCUCAUCAUCCGCCUCCACAGCCUCCUCGGCAACAAGUGGUCUCUGAUCGCCGGGCAGCUGCCGGGGAGGACGGACAACGAGAUCAAGAACUACUGGAACACGCACAUCAAGCGCAAGCUCCUCGCCCGCGGCAUCGACCCGCAGACGCACCGCCCGCUGCUCAGCGGCGGUGACGGCAUCGCGGCGAGCAACAAGGCGGCACCACCGCCGCCGCAUCCCAUAUCCGUCCCGGCGAAGGCGGCGGCCGCGGCGAUCUUCGCCGUGGCGAAGCCGCCGCCGCCGCCGCGCCCGGUCGACUCCUCGGACGACGGCUGCCGCAGCAGCAGCGGCACAACGAGCACGGGGGAGCCGCGGUGCCCCGACCUCAACCUCGAGCUCUCGGUCGGGCCGACGCCGAGCUCGCCGCCGGCGGAGACGCCCACCAGCGCGCGGCCGGUCUGCCUCUGCUACCACCUCGGCUUCCGCGGCGGGGAGGCGUGCAGCUGUCAGGCUGACAGCAAGGGCCCACACGAGUUUAGAUAUUUCAGGCCGUUGGAACAAGGCCAGUACAUAUGAGAUAUGACCAUGAGAUGUGAGAUGGCUUAAUUAGCUUCAAUUCCCAACAUGUGUAACACAGGGAGUUUUUCUAGUGGACGACAAUACUGUUUAAUUUCAGAAAAAAAAAGGGAAAGAAAAAGGUUCUAAUCUGUUCAUAUUUCUUACUAUUAUCCAAUCUUCAUGAUCUCAA